AUGCGAUGUCCAUGGACAGCUUAAGAUAGCCUGGUUAAAGCACUGUGAGCACAGCUUUCAGUCCGGUUCAACCAGGUUAGGCUUAGGAGGAAAGUUGAAUGGAAAACCCAAGCAGCCGUUCAACAAGAUUAUAGUGAAAUACUUAAAUCUGGUUUGAGCUGGAGUAAGAGGAGUGACACUCCAGUACUCAACACAGCUCCUCAAUAGGGUUGGGCGGUAUUCCAGAUUUUCAGACCGUCAUACCGUUUCUGUACCAUACCGGGGUAUACGGUAUUACCAAAUGUGCACAGAAGGGGGCGCUAUUUCAUUAACAAGAUUUGUUUUAUUAUUAUUUUUUUUUUUUUUAAACAUUUUGUAUCCCUUUGAACAUGGUGCAGUUAUUAAUUGUAUAAUUUGUAUGGUGUAUCAGUACACCCAGUCAUUACAAAGAUACGGGCGUCCUUCCUAACUCAGGUGCUGGAGAGGAAGGAAACCGCUCAGGGAUUUCACAAUGAGGCCAAUGGUGAUUUUAAAACGGUUCGAGUUGAAUGGCUGUGAUAGGAGAAAAAUGAGGAUGGAUCAACAACAUUGUAGUUACUCCACAAUACUAGCCUAAAUGACAGAGUGGAAAGAAGGAAGCCUGUACAGAAUACAAAUAUUCCAAAACAUGCAUCUUGUUUGCAAUAAGGCAUUAAAGUAAUACUGCAAAAAAUGUGGCAAAGAAAUUAACUUUUUGUCCUGAAUACAAAGCGUUAUGUUAGGGGCAAAUCCAACACAACACAUCACUGAGUAACACUCUUCAUAUUUUCAAGAAUGGUGGUGGCUGCAUCAUGUUAUGGGUAUGCUUGUACAUCAAUAAGGACUAGGGAGUUUGUUUUAGGAUAAAAGGAAUGGAGCUAAUCACAGGCAAAAUCCUGGAGGAAAACCUGGUUCAGUCUGCUUUCCACCAGACACUGGGAGACAAAUUCACCUUUCAGCAGGACAAUAACCUAAAACACAAGGCCAAAUAUACACUGGAGUUCCUUACCAAGACGACAUUGAAUGUUCCUGAGUGGCCUAAUUACAGUUUUGACUUAAAUCGGCUUGAAAAUCUGUAGCAAUGAUCAACAACCAACUUGACAGAGCUUAAAUAAUUGUAAAUAUUGUACAAUCCAGGUGUUUAAAGUUCUUAGACUUACCCAGAAAGACACAGCUGUAAUCGCUGCCAACGGUGAUUCUAACAUGUAUUGAAUACUUAUCUAACCAAGAUACUAUAUGUCUGUCACAUAAUGAAUAUUAAAGAAGUUGUGUACAGGAUCCCACUAACUCCUCCCCUUCCUCUGGUCCCGCCCCUCUCCAGGCAUCUACCUAUUGGACAUGAUCUACAUCGACUCGGCCUAUCCGGCGUCGGAUAGCAUCAUCGAGACGGAGCAGAGGACAAAUCAGAUGAACAACCUGCUGAGGGUGAUCUCUGACCUGCAGAUGUCCUGUAAAUAUGGUAAGAGUACAACGUUUCCCUCAUUUUUUUCUACAGACAUGUCAGCUUCACCACACAAAAAUAAAUUGUUGUGCUCAGCUCAAAAGUAUAGAUUAACAGACAGUCUUCGGAUGCCAGGUUUAAAAAAUGCAUGGUGAAAAGAAGGAAAGCCCGCUCUCACUGGUAUAUUAGAGUAGUUUUAAUGUAUUUUAGCAGCAUCACAGGUCAACCAACAGACGCAUUUCAGCGACAGAAGGCUACAUAGUAUAUACCAGUUAGUGCAGGGUUUCCUUAUUGACAGCUUCACCCCCCUCAGCCACUAUAUCACUGUAUCACCCAUAGAGACCCUCAAAUCUCAAAUACUCUCUUAUUGAUGAAGGGCUUUUCAAACAACUGAGCCCGACUGAACUUAGCCCAAUAAAGCUGUACUGCACUGGCCUGGCUGCAUCCACCAUAGUUGCUGGAACCAUGCUGGAAAGGACAUAUCAGAGUCGGCACAGUUUGAUUUGGGUCGGCAUAAUAGUGUAAACACUAGAACCGCCAAUGGCCCACUGAUGUUUGAUUUUGUACAAAAUCAGCCCCAGGGCCUCCCGAGUGGCGCAGCGGUCUAAGGCACUGCAUCGCAAUGUUGCGGCAUCACUGCAGCCUGCGGUUCGAUCCCAGGCUGUGUCACAACCGGCCUUGACCAGGAGUCCCAUAGGGCGGCGCACAAUUGGCCCUGGCGGGUGCCAAUGUUAACAUUCGCUGUCAUCCCCUGCGGGGAUCACCCGGCUAAUCACUCAGGCCGGGGUUCUAAACAUUGUCCUGUAAUCAUUUAAAGGGGCUCUCCAUCUCUCUGAUGUCUAGAACAGCAAGUGAGACAGAGACUGUCAUUCUAGAUUGUCUACAGUACAGUAGACUGAGACUGUCAUUCUAGAUUGUCUACAGUAGACAGAGACUGUUAUACUAGAUUGUGUUCCCGAGUGGCGCAGUGGUCUAAGGCACUGCAUCUCAGUGCUUGAGGCGUCACUACAGACCCCCUGGUUCGAUUCCAGGCUGUAUCACAACCGGCCAUGACCAGGAAUCCCAUAUGGGACUAAUUCCAACAUAACACCGCAAAGACAAUGUGCUGUAGGACGUUGGUACCCAGCCAGGUGCUAAUGCGUCUCUCUCUCUCUCCUCACUGAAUGAAUGACAAAUGGGUCAAUGGGCGAUAAUUGUGCACGUUCAUUCACAGUCUAAUUUAAAUUAGGCCUAACUGAAUGAUAAGGAGGGUGAAGAGGUUGAUUUUAAUUUAGAAAGACAAUAGUGUAAUGACGAGUUUGUGUUAUGCCUGUUUAUCAGCAGCAAAUAAUUUGACUGCACACCUUUUGUAAACAGAAGCUGUUAUGGAACUGUUUUAUUUACUAUCGCUCUAUUACUAUUCAAAUGUAUUGUGGGAAACAAAAAACAUGCUACAUGUUGCAGUAGGCCUUUAGAAUAAUGCGAAACAUAUCCUCGACUCUAUCCAGGGAAGCAAACGAUAACAGCCCACUGAAUGAAUUACAAAUGGAUGACAAACUACACCCUAACUAUACCAAAAAUAAUUUGACACAUAAUAAGAGUUAGCCUAUAGACCAGAUUAAAUUGACAAUCAUCUGAUGAGUGACAAUAUUAAGCCCAUCAGUUGUCAAAUUGUCCAUGAAGAGAUGGACGCAUCUUGUAAUUGACAGACGCAGGGAAAGGAGCAUCACUUUAUCAAAUCCUCCCUCAGAGUCACAUGCAGGUAAAACUUUUUUGAUUUUCUAUGGUUUCUAUGACAACUACCUUUGUCAAAUAACUCUCAAAAUUCCUGAAAACUGUGUGCAGAACAACCGAUUUGUUUGUGGGGCUUGCUCACACAAUGCCCCGAAGAUGUGUGCUGACUGUGGACCCAAAGCAAAGACAGACUAGAUUGAUUCAUGCGUAAAGGCGCAAUAGUGUUUGAUACGGUCAACAAAUGACUGUUUUUAUAUCUUGUCAUGAAUAUAUUUCCACCAAUAUUUCUUUAUGCAAUUCAUCCUUUACAAUUGUUCAUGCACUGGUGCUUUUGUUUAGGAAUACUGCAAAUCAUUUCACCUGUGACCUGGCUGGUUAUAUUAUCAUCUUUUUAGUUUCUGCUUUGUCAAAAGAAGCUGUAACUGGACUUUAUUAAUUACUAUAACUAUAUUACUAAUCAAAUCUACAAAUAAAGUUGAUCAAAUGGUUUACACCGUAAUGUUUUUAUUGUAAGGGAAAUGAAAAUAGGCUCUAGGUCACUUUGUAGAAUUAUACAAAACACAUCCUUGACUCUGUGUAAACAAAUAACCAUUGUUGUUUUUUAAAUUGAUAUAUUUCCACAAAUAUUUAUUUAUGCAUUAAUCCUUUUAUAAUAGUUUAUGCACUAUCUAUCAAGAGUUGGUUCUUAUGUUUGACUACCUUGUGGGUUGAUAUGCAUCUGAAGCAUAUGCUAAAGGAGACGCCCGGCAACGUUAAAGGAUAUGAAUGUUCCUUCAAGCCUGUGUGAUGUAGUCUGCUGUCCUUGCAUCUACGUCAUCGUUAGCUUGCCUGCGUUGAAGAUACUUUUAGUUUGACAACACUGGCAAGAGAAAGCAAAUGUUUACUCCUCGUGGCGGCAGGUAGCUUAGUGGGUAAGAGCGUUGUGCCAGUAACCGAAAGGUCGCUGGUUCUAAUCCCCGAGCCGACUAGGUGAAAAAUCUGUCGAUGUGCCCUUAAGCAAGGCACUUAACCCUAAUUGCUCCUGUAAGUCGCUCUGGAUAAGAGCGUCUACUAAAUGAUGUAAAUGUAAAUGUACAUUUAUACAUUGGAACUGUGGAACAGAUCUUAGAUCCAAGAUGGCUCUUCUACAGCAACAAGCCUGAGCUCGUGACCCCUGAAGUGUUGGAGUGGGCCACGCUGCCAUGGUGUCAUUGUUAGCGGAGUUGGUUUUAAUAAAGUAAAUCCCUCAUCGAUGGACACGGAGCUGAGCGGCAAGGCCAAUGCCAGCGAGUUUCCCGAGAACUUCCACAGGGCCCGAACAAAAUGGCAGCUGCACACGUGUACAACCUUAACCCCCUACAACUGCUGGUAACAGCAUUAAAAUGCAACAACCAAACCGCCCAGUGUUCGCCCCAGAGCUUACACGUCAUCUCUCUCUCAUGUACUGCCGGCUAGGCGCUGGCCAUUUGCUUCACUCGGACCAGAGUUUGAGGAGAGAACGGGGGAAGGGUUAGCGAUGAGGCUACACAGACAUCUCAGAUGUUAAUUUGCGUUAGACGGAGUGUUGCUGAUGGGAGGAGUUAGGAGAGUGUUGCUGAUGGGAGGAGUUAGGAGACUGUUGCUGAUGGGAGGAGUUAGGAGACUGUUGCUGAUGGGAGGAGUUAGGAGAGUGUUGCUGAUGGGAGGAGUUGGGAGGAGAGUGUUGCUGAUGGGAGGAGUUGGGAGGAGACUGUUGCUGAUGGAAGGAGUUGGGAGGAGAGUGUUGCUGAUGGGAGGAGUUGGGAGGAGAGUGUUGCUGAUGGGAGGAGUUGGGAGGAGAGUGUUGCUGAUGGGAGGAGCUGGGAGGAGAGUGUUGCAGAUGGGAGGAGUUGGGAGGAGAGUGUUGCUGAUGGGAGGAGUUAGGAGAGUGUUGCUGAUGGGAGGAGUUGGGAGGAGAGUGUUGCUGAUGGGAGGAGUUAGGAGAGUGUUGCUGAUGGGAGGAGUUGGGAGAGUGUUGCUGAUGGGAGGAGUUGGGAGGAGAGUGUUGCUGAUGGGAGGAGUUGGGAGGAGAGUGUUGCUGAUGGGAGGAGGUGGGAGGAGUGUGGGAGAGGAGAGUGUGCUUGGGAGGAGUGGGAGGACGGUUGCUGAUGGAGAGGAGUGGGAGGAGAGGUGUAGAGAGGGAGAAAGAGAGGAGAGCAAGGAGCGAGAGAGAGUAUGAGAGAGAGAGAGGGAUAUCAUUCUAAUCUAUCGAGAGAUAAUCUAGUAUAUCUAUCUAGUAUCUAUAUCUAUCUCUCUCUCUCUCUUCUCUCUUCUCUUCUCUCCUCUCUCCUCUCUCUCUCUCGUCUCCAGUCCUGUGGUGUGUCUUUUCUCUUGAUCUCGUCUUACUGUCUGUUUUUAAUCUUCCCUUCACAGAUCACCUGGUGACCCUCCCCCAUGUUCAGAAGUAUUUAAUGUCCGUGCGCUAUAUCGAGGAGCUUCAGAAGUUCGUAGAGGACGACAACUUCAAGUAA